CGUAUCGGGUUGCCACGCGGGUUCGAACCAUGACCGAGAGCGGCCGGAUACCUCAGGCGCGGGCGCUCUUGCAGCAGUGCCUGCACGCCAGGCUGCAAGUACGCCCGGCCGAGGAAGACGCCGAGAGCCAGUGGGUGGAGGUUCAGAGAGGAUUAGUAAUCUACGUGUGUUUUUUCAAAGGAGCUAAUAAAGAACUUCUUCCCAAAAUGGUUAAUACACUGUUAAAUGUGAAGUUAAGUGAAACAGAAAAUGGCAAGCAUGUGUCUAUAUUGGAUCUACCUGGCAAUGUUCUGAUCAUCCCUCAAGCCACCCUGGGAGGGAGAGUAAAAGGAAGAAACAUGCAGUAUCACUCUAACUCUGGAAAAGAAGAAGGCUUAGAACUUUAUUCCCAAUUUGUGACUCUGUGUGAGAAAGAACUGGCUGCCAACAGCAAGUGUGCUGAAGCUGGGGUUGUGGUGGAACAUGGUACUUACGGGAACAGGCAGGUGUUACAGCUGGAUACCAACGGACCAUACACACACCUAAUUGAGUUUUGAAAAAUUAAAAGUUAGUUUCUGCAGUUGUUUUCUGGUAUAAAAUGAUCUCAACUAUAAUUAGAUUUUCUUCCUCUUCUUGAAUACACUAAUCUGUAGCAUUUUUAGACAAGAAAAUUUGGGUGCCAUCCAUACCCCUGAAACCUGUUAAUUGAUGACCUUGCCCUGCCAGUCACCAAACUCUGAAUCUCAGCCCUACCUUUUGUCCUACUUUCCCAUACACUUCCACUUGAAAACUUGAAAAGUGCUUUCUAUUCACUUUAUAGUCAUUGUGGAAAUGCUCUUAGAGAGCUGUAUUUAAGUAUUUCUGCAUGAAGAAUUUUGUUCAAUCAAGAAAAAUAUACCCUUGUAUUCUUAUAUAUCCUUGAUAUACCCUUAUAUUCUUAUAUCCUCAAAUGUAUAAAGUAUGAAAUAAAAAUAACUGUAUUAAAAUUAGGUAAAAUCCCACACAAACCAAUUGCAGUUUUACUACUUUAGUUUUCCAAAUUCUGAGUGAAAACAAUAUGCUAUUUACUGUUCCUUUUAAUAAUAUCUGUGAAAAUGUAAUCUAGAAAUGUUAUUGUGCAUUAUAUUACAUCCAGGGCAUCCAAGUGCUUUAAAUCAUUUUAAGAAUCUUUAAUUGAGGGGCACUUGGGUGGCUCAUUUGGUUAAGCAUCUGCCUUCAGCUCGGGUCAUGAUCUCAGAG